UCCUGCCUUGCUGAGGGAGGGGACGGUGCUGACGGCUGGGAGGACGAGCGGAGAGACCAGAAAGCCUUUAGAAAGAAUAAAAAAGAGUGGGGAUCAGCCAGGUUUCCACCGUCCGUCGGGAAAUAAGCACCUCAGAUCGCCGUAGCUGCUGCAAGAGUCCCCGAAGAAGCGCUGAACAAUGUCGUCCAGUCGUCAGUUGAGCGAGAGCAGGGCCAUCCCGACCAAGACGGUGUUGAUCAACGACACAACGCAGCUACCUCAUGACUACUGUACCACCCCUGGAGGCACUUUAUUCUCCACCACCCCCGGAGGAACUCGUAUCAUUUAUGACCGCAAGUUCUUGCUGGACAGGCGCAACUCUCCCAUUGCCCAGACUCCACCAGCUCACCUGCCUGUCAUUCCCGGGGUAACCAGCCAAAGCAACCUGAAUGAGAAACAGAAGAACGAAGCCAACAACCACAUCAACAACCACGACGGCAAGCCCGCAACUGGUGAUGAUGCUCAGUUCGAAAUGGACAUCUAAGCGACUGAAACCCCACCAGCUCAAGAAAACGACCUGGCGUGACCCGUGCCAGUGGCUUGGCUUGUAGAAACCAAUGUUGUGAGCCCUCAUGGCAGCCAUCUACUUUAGCUCUCUGUUCUGCUGCUGGAUGUCAUGUGUGUAAACCAUCGGGGGAAAGUUUAUCAUGCAUACCGGUUCAGUGUGGCCACAUGUGGGAACCAGCUUUGUUUAAAUCGACUCCCUCACCUACCACCUUCAACAAGGCCAAGGGAGCAAACACCAAUAUCACAACACACACAGAUUGCAGUUCACAUUUGGAUUUUUGGGAAUUCAGCUAUUUUGCGGCUACUAAAUCGAUACUUAGUUACGGGGAAGGGAACAUCAUGUUUUUCACUGGCCUUAGCUGGAAAACUUUGAUAUCCAUCAUGAAUUUUUUUUUUUUUGAAAACCCCAACUAGCACAUUAUGUAAGUACUUAUUGAUUUUUUUUUUUUUUUUUUUUGGAACUACUUGAAAUGCUCCAGAAUCCAUCGCUUGGUUUGUUGAUUACCCAGUGAGAGAGAAGCUGUGCAGAUUAGUUAUUGCGUGUCAUUCCACUAAUUUAUUUGCAAGUGUUUGAGAACGCAUCAAGAAAGUACAUUUUCAAUAUAACCGAAAAAGAUCACCAUCUGAAAAUGCUAUUUUUAACUUGAAUGCCAUUUCAGUAAGUAAUAUAAGAACGGUUAUUUAACUGAGGGUUUUAACUCCGUUACUUGUGAAUUUACUGCCAUUCUGUGACAGGAAGAUCUUUGCACACUUUACUAGAUCAAGCUGAGUGGGAUACUCGCUUUAUCCAGAUCAUUUGUUGAACAAUUGCCGAGUAAAUUCGGGUGUGAAGAGGGGGGUGAGCUAACCAACAAGUUUUGUAUGCAGUUUGUUAAAAAAACAAUGACUUAUAAUGAAAGGUUGGAGGAGACGCUGUCAAGCCUUUGGAUUUGGGUGGAGGGUGAGAGAUACAAAUCAUAACGUUUGCAUGCCCUCAAUUGACAAAUCUGCCCCCAGUGUCCCUCAUCCAUUUGACAUUACCUUAUUGUUUCCAUGUGUCAUGUGUGUCUGCCCAUGCCUUACUUAGAUGCUACGCAGAAACCAAACCUGCGAUCAAUUUGUACUUUCCGACAGAUGAUUAUUUUUUCACUGUAAGCAGCCAGCAUUGUAUUCAGCAGUGUUUUUAUGAAGCAAACUCACGCUCACUAUUUUUUUUUUUUUUGAGUUUGAAAGAGUGAUGCUGUGUU